AUGGCUUCAUCCUUCCCCGCAGACCUCUACAGCGGCAUAAGCCAGGCUCUCAACACCACGCACGCCACCCUCACCCUCCCCAUCCCCUCUCCGGACCGCGACCACCUCGAGAACCAGAUGCUCUUCCUCUUCGACAACUACGGCCAACUCCUCAACAUAACCACCACCGACAUCGACAUGGUCAAUGGUAUGUUGGUCUCUAUCGCCAUCAAUUACGCCACCCAGAUCGGCGCAACCUUCAUCAUGCUUGCCAUCAUGCUUCUCAUGACGCCCCGCCGUCGGUUCAAGCGGUUGCCUACCAUCAUCAGUCUCCUGGGUCUCUUACUCAACCUCAUCCGCGUCGUGCUUCUCUCGCUCUUCUACCCCAGCCAUUGGACGGACUUUUAUGUGCUGUACACAGGUGACUGGCAAUUUGUGCCAAGAAGCGACAUGUCCAUCAGCGUCGCCGCCACUGUGCUCAGCAUCCCCGUUACUGCCCUCCUCUUGUCAGCGCUGAUGGUGCAAGCCUGGAGCAUGAUGCAACUGUGGACGCCCCUCUGGCGUGCUCUGGUCGCUUUAGUCUCCGGUCUGCUUUCCGUGGCCACCGUCGUCCUUUCCUUCGCCAACUGCAUUUUCCAAGCCGAAAACAUCCUCUACGCCACCCCGCUUCCCGAUUAUUGGGUGCGCAAGCUAUAUCUCGCCUUGACGACCGGUUCUAUCUCCUGGUUUACCUUUUUGUUCAUGAUCCGUUUGGUCAUGCACAUGUGGACCAGCCGAAGCAUCCUCCCGUCGAUGAAGGGCCUGAAGGCAAUGGAUGUGUUGAUUAUCACCAACGCUAUCCUGAUGCUGAUCCCCCUCCUCUUCGCCGGUCUCGAAUUCCUCGAUUCUUCCAGUGGUUUCGAAUCUGGCUCACUCACCCAGACUUCCGUCGUCAUCGUUCUUCCGCUCGGCAUCCUCGUCGCCCAGCGUAUUGCCACAAGGGGAUUACUGCCUGACUCUGAAGCUUCCGGAGGACCCAACAGCAUGCCGCUCAGCGACCUGAACCUUACCGGCGAUGAUCAUCACAAAGACAAAAGAGCCGAAGCCGGUAACAUCAAUGCCACACCGACAAACACAACCACGAGUUUUUCUUCAAUCGCCAAAAGUGGCGUUAGCUGUCUCCCCAAAGCAAAGCGCAUGACAGCUAGCUCCGCAUCCUCCAGCCAACGACCUCUGCUUAUGACUACUCGCUCAACUAUUUCGACUAACGAUUCCUCGGGUUUCCCGAGUCCGAGUCUUCAUAACGCUACUCAGUAUUCGAUGCACAUGCCUAACUUUCCACCCGUUCCAUACCCUGGUUACAGUAGUCGUAACACAGGCGUCACCUCUCACAUCGCCAGCGACGGACAUCUCCACGGACAACAGGGAGUCAACCAACAUCCAAGCGUAGACCACUUCGACCGCGAACUAGCUUGCAUCGACGACGAGGCCGACGACUUGGAUGAUGACGACAGUUAUCCCUUUGAUUCAAAGUUGGAGAAGGCGGUUAUGGAUGAUGAUGUCGAACGAGGAAGGACGAUGCCCCCGCAUGGGGGAGUGAGAAUUGAGUGGACAAUUGAGACUAGAAGUGAGGAGAGGAUGCUGAACCCUAAUCCGUUCAACAACGCAUCGGCGGGAGUCACACAGCAGCCGAGGUCUUUCGAGUAG